UGACUGGCAAACAUCGUAGAGGAUACAACCCGUUGCUGUUUAUCUUUGGUUAGCUUACCGUCUGGCACUUGGUAUAAAACACGGAACGUUUACGUUCAUUGGAGUCACCAGCGUUUCUGGAGAACAACCAACUAGCUGAGUUUUCACAAAUCGUUUAAAAUGAAAUUCUCGCUAGUUUUCCUGUGUGCUUGUGUGGUCAUCACUCAUCAACAAUUCCAGAGAACAAGGGCUAUGCUUUGGCUUUCUCCUUAUUAUUCUUCACCACAAUCGGCAGUCAACAACUAUCAAGGCUAUCGAUACAAUGACGUCCCCUACCUGAAUGAUGAGUUCAACAGGGAAAAAAUGGAGAGCCAUGACAACUUGGAUGGAAUUCAAUAUCAAUCGAAAAUCAGAGGUUCCCUUGCGCAAGAGCAGGUAAACCCGCGAUUUUUCUUCGGUUUAAAUCCAUUUGCUGGAUCGGGUUCUUCUGCGGCUGUACCCACCAUCAUAUCAAUGGCUACCACCGUCGCUUCUAUUGUAACAUGCAUUCCGGCCUUCCAGUUUUCGAUUGCAACUCCCCUGCCAUGCGUUGGUCGCAAGAGGCGUGAAAUCGAUGACGUUGCUUCUGAGCACAUUCAAUUUCCCAUCGCACCUACUGCAACGCUAAAAUUGACGCCAACUCAUUUGGUACGAGAAAACCGUCAGCUGACCACCGACCAGUCAAUUGGUGACAUAUUACAUCCGUCUAAGGACGAUGUUACCCACGAUGAAGUAUCGUAUGGGGACCAGACGAAUAUGAGAGACAGGCGAUUUUUCUUAAAUAACGGGAUACUAAGUAAUGGUUUGUUUGGUGGCAGCAGUGCCAUGGGAGCGACUCCUGUGGUGAGCUACUCAUUUGUUCCCACAACUUUGACACAGACAGUAAAUCUCCUCGUUCCAGCUCCAACUACUGCGUGUAUGACUCCAGCGUGCGCUGCUUGUUUGCCGGCAGGCUUCGUUGUCUGCCGUGCCUAAAACAGGCAUUUAGUA